GCGACCACAAUGCACCGCGCUGGAAACACCUUACCAAACAUUUUGUCCACAGUGGAGCUCAGCUUCUACACAAAUGCGAGCAAGCGAGUAUGGCAGUCCCAUAAUGGGGGGAAAAUGUAUUCCUAUUAAACAUGGUCUGUUGUUCAGCGAGCUCAGGUGAAAAUCAGUGACCAAGAUGUGGACAUUACAACGUUCAUGACAUUACAUGGGUUUCAAUAGAAUAUCAGAUGUUCUGAGGAUGGAAAUUGAAAUUUAGGUGCACUAAGGACAAUGAAUCUACACCAAGUACUCACUGGGGCCGUCAACCCCGGAGACAAUUGUUUCUCUGUAGGAAGCAUAAACAACGUGCCGUUCACGGCCUAUGCCUCUGGCUGUGACAUCGUAAUCUUGGGAAGUGACUUUGAGAGGCUUCAGAUCAUCCCAGGUGCCAAGCAUGGGAACAUCCAAGUUGGGUGUGUGGACUGUUCUCAACAAGGACAGAUUGCUGCGUCCUAUGGAAACAUCGUUUGCAUAUUUGAGCCUGUGCCGAUAAGCCCAAAGGAAAAGAUGCCGAUGAAACUGAACUAUCACUGGCAAAAGACAGGCCAGUUUGUUUUACAGUCUAUAGCACACAACAUUGCCUGGAGCCCCACAGGCACUAGUCUUUUGACUGGGUCAAGUUGCCUACAGUUAUGGUCCAAUGUGAAUAUCUGUGGUGGUGCUGAAGAGGGGAUGGGUAGUGACCCUCUGUCUUCUUGGAGGUGUAUAUGGCAGUGCAAGACUGCCUCACCUGUUCACCUAAUUAAGUUUUGCCCAGAUGGAGAGUUUUUUGCCACUGCAGGGCAGGAUGACUGUUUGGUAAAAGUGUGGUACAGCAUGAGCAAAUGGCAGUCUGAUGCCACAAAGCUGUUCACCCCACCUGAACUCAACUCCCAAGGGAAGCCGGACUUCUCCUUCAUCUAUCUAGCUCAUCCACGCUCAGUCACUGGCUUCUCCUGGAGGAAAACCAGCAAGUACAUACCCAGAGGUGCCGUGUGUAAUGUGUUACUGACCUGCUGUAAAGACAGUGUGUGUCGGCUAUGGGCUGAAACACUGCUGCCCAGUGACUGCCUGCUCUCUGGACUAAGACAAACUCAUGGCAGCAGCAACAAUGAUACAGUGAAAUCCAGUAACACAAAAAAGGCUCAUUACAAUAACAAAGGCCACAGUCGAAACCUGCCCGAGCUGGCAGAAUUGAAUCGGGGACCAGUCAGAGGUAUGGCUCACGCAAGGCUUCUCCCUCAGCAGCAGAAUAAGCAUCACGCUCACAGAGCCACCAUCGCUCACGCCAAUGCACUGUGCCACUUCCACAUUGCUGCUAGCAUCAACCCAGCCACAGAUAUUCCGCUGUUGCCCUCCAUAUCAUCUCUGAGUGGUUCAGAUGAUGAGGAGCCUGGUGGACCCUUCAAUGUUCACUGGCUCAACAACAAAGAGCUGCACCUGACUCUCACCAUGGAGGUGUUCCUCCAGCAGCUCAGGAGCAGUUUGGAGCAUCAGAACCCACCACAGGCUAGCCAGGCUGAUGAUGACUAUGAUGAGGAGGGCAAUGGUAUAGGCCCUGAGAGCAAAAAAGGAGAGACCAGCUUCAAAAAUGGAGCCUCAGUUUCUCUUCCUAAAGCUGCAGUGAAUCACCAGGUGGAGGUGUUACUGAAUGACUGGAACAGGGGAGCAGACAUGCUUUUCAGCAUCCACCCCAUGGACGGAUCACUACUGGUGUGGCACGUUGAUUGGCUGGAUGAAUACCAACCCGGAAUGUUCCGACAGGCACAGGUGUCUUUCGCAUCCCGAAUCCCUGUUGCCUUCCCUACGGGUGAUGCUAUCUCCCUCAGCCGCAGCGUAGUGAUGUAUGCCUGUAACAAAAAUGUGGAUUUGGCCAUCCAGCACGGUCGCCAGCGUCCCCAAGGCGUACAACGCUCCUCUUCAGUUCUAAUUGGCCUGGGCCAGGGAAAGCAGUGCCCGACCGGCCUGCGCCUGAGUAUCUUCACGCCCCAUGUGCUGAUGAUCUCUAAGCAUUCCGAUGGCUCGCUCAACCAGUGGUCAGUGAGCUUUGCUGAGGGCUCAGCCUUCUCCACUGUGCUCAGUGUUUCACACAAGUCACGCUACUGUGGCCAUCGCUUCCACCUCAAUGACCUGGCCUGCCACUCUGUACUGCCCCUGCUUCUAACCACCUCACACCACAAUGCCAAGGUGUGCAAUCCCAUUGCCCACUCAGGGCCUGGGCCAGUUUCUGCAGGCCAAAGAAGCCGGUCAUCCCUGGGUGCUGUUCCCCAGGACCCAAAUGCAAUUUAUAGUGAACUAAUACUAUGGAGGGUGGAUCCAGUUGGACCCCUCUCAUUUUCAGGGGGUGUGUCUGAGCUGGCCAGAAUCAACUCGCUCCAUGCAUCAGCCUUCUCCAAUGUGGCCUGGCUUCCAACUCUCAUCCCAAGCAACUGCCUUGGUGCAUAUGGCAACUCGCCAAGCGCCUGUUUUGUAGCAAGUGAUGGCCAUUCCUUGAGAUUGUAUCAGGCAGUUAUUGAGGCUAAGAAAUUGCUGAGUGAACUUUCCAAUCCUGAAAUAUCUAAAUAUGUGGGAGAAGUAUUCAACAUCAUAAGUCAGCAAUCUACUGCAAAGCCAGGCUGCAUCAUUGAGCUUGAUGCCAUCAUGGACUUUCAAGGGAAAGAGACCCAGCUGUUACAUGUGUUUGAGGAGAACCUGAUCUUGGGAAACGAGAAAAAGGAUGACUGCUCACAGGAGCUCCCGCCUGCUGAGAAUACCUCUGGCCUGGCACUGUUCUGGGCACGCUUCUUUCUGGUGGUGAUUGAGUUUACCCAGAGCAGGAAAUCGAUCCUGCAUAUGUGGCAUCUGCAUCUGGCAGCAGUACCUGUUACCAUGGGAGAGACUUCAACCCCUGCUGGUAAAGACACCGUGGCUUCAUCAUUUAUCAGCAACUUGCAAAAUGACUCACCAUCAGCCCAUAAAUCACCACUUAGCAGGUCCAACCUGCGAAGUGCCUGUCGCCUCACACUGGUCAAAGAGAGAGUUUUCAGUCAGGAGCUGAAACUUCCAGAAGGCAUAGAGGUUAUAUCUGCCACACCAGCAGCAGGCCACUUAAGCUCGUCAUCUCUGCAGCCAACUGGCCGGGCCCCAUAUCUUCUUGCGACGGCUUGUACAGAUGGAACUGUGAGGUUCUGGAGUUGUAGCGUAGUCUCUGACAAUGACAAAACUCUUGACACAACUCCUUACAUCUGGGAGGAAUGGCCUUUGCUAGUGGAAGAAGGUCUCCCCAAUAGCAGUGCAGUGAACAUUCCUGACAGGCCUGUGGGCAUUAGCUGCUGCCACACUAGCCGAGUAGCAGUGGCAUACAGGUACUCAAAGCCUUCCAGCCUUGCCAAGAAGUCCCUCAUUCACGUGAGCAUAUUCCAGUGUGAAUCCACCGGAGGGUCCCAGUGGAUGUUGGAGCAAACACUUGAACUGGAUAUUUCGAAUAGUCUGACGAACAAUGGCUCAGAUAAACAUCUGCCUGUGCCCAGCUUCCAGGACGGUUUAGUGAGUACUGGGGAUUGUUUACACAGCAGUGGUAAAAGUCUAGUUCAUCUGGACUGGGUUUCUAGAGAGGAUGGUUCUCACAUAUUAACUGUAGGUCUCGGCUCCAAACUGUACAUGUAUGGGCUGCUUUCAGGAAAACCUCCAGAACUGGGGCUGUCAGACAACAGCAGGGAGCAUUGCUCUUCACGGCUUGUUCUGUUGCGUGUAGUGGACCUAGUCUCCUCUGUAGAGGGCUCUUUGCCAAUCCCGGUCUCCCUGUCUUGGGUUAGAGAUGGCAUUCUGGUUGUGGGCAUGGACUGUGAGAUGCAUGUCUACUCUCAGUGGCAGCCUGCAGCAUUAGCCAAAUCAACACUGACUGCAGGUGAUGUAAACGGUGGCAGCAUGUGCUCACUUAGCACAGCUCCAAAGCAAGAGGGACUGAGUCUCCAGCCUUCUAAAAAGACUCUUACCAGGUCCAUGACCAGCCUAGCUCAGAAGCUUAGUGGUAAGAGGACAAUGUAUGACCUUCCAGCUGAAAUGGAAGACUAUGGCUUAUUUGAGGCAGCACACCACUUGUUUCCUACCCUUCCUCAGUAUCAUCCAGUGCAGCUUUUGGAACUAAUGGACCUAGGCAAGGUGCGACGAGCCAAAGCUAUUUUGUCCCAUCUGGUUAAGUGCAUAGCUGGAGAGAUUGUGACUCUAAAGGACACCAAUGUCAACCAGGAGCGUCGUUUACGAUCACUCACUAUUAGUGCUAGUGGCAGUACUGCCAGGGAUCCCAAAAUGUUUAACAAAACUGAGAGCUCAGACUACACAGAGAUCGACUCCAUCCCACCAUUGCCCCUGUAUGCUCUGCUUGCUGCAGAUGAUGAUACAGCCCCCUGUGCUAAAGGCAAAACAUCCAGUGUUAGUGGGGACAGUGGUCAUGGUUCCAGCCGAGCAGACACUUAUGACGAGCUUUUCCAGACCAGCCCUGUGAGCUUGGAUGACAUGGAUCUCUUAGAUGGUGAGGAGGAAGAUGCUAAAGCUAAGGUCAUUGAUCUGUCAAAAUACAGUCCCACUUUCUUUGGCCCUGAGCACGCCCAGGUUUUGUCAAGCCAUCUGCUUCACUCUAGCCUACCUGGGCUGACACGAAUGGAGCAGAUGUCACUCAUGGCCUUGGCUGAUACCAUUUCCUCAACCAGCACAGACAUUGGGGAGAGUCAGGGAAAGGGUCAAGGUGGAGAGACGCUGGAUGAAUGUGGCUUGAAGUUCCUGCUUGCUGUUCGUUUACACACUUUCCUUCUGACAUCAUUACCUCCAGUGCAUCGUGCACAGCUCCUCUGCCAAGGACUGUCUACAUGUCACUACACCUGGGCAUUUCACUCUGAAGCUGAGGAGGAACUGCUCAACAUGCUGCCCUGCAUGCAGAAAGGAGAACCCACCUGGCCUGAACUGAAAGCCAUGGGUGUAGGAUGGUGGCUAAGGAGCACUAAUAAGCUUCGCAGAUGCAUUGAAAAGGUAGCAAAGGCCUCUUUUCAAAGGAAUAACGAUCCCCUGGAUGCAGCCCUGUUUUAUUUGGCUAUGAAGAAGAAAGCUGUGGUCUGGGGACUGUACAGGUCCCACAAGAAUGUGAAGAUGACGGCUUUCUUCAGUAACAACUUCAAUGAGGACCGAUGGAGGAAGGCUGCAUUGAAGAACGCAUUCUCUCUACUUGGAAAGCAGAGAUUUCAGCACUCUGCAGCCUUCUUUCUGUUGGCAGGUUCCCUCAAGGAUGCUGUUGAGGUUUGCCUGGAGAAGAUGCAGGACCUGCAGUUGGCCUUGGUGAUUAGCAGAUUAUAUGAGUCUGAGUUUGAGACAUCCUCCACUUAUAAGAAGAUUCUACAGAGGUAUGUGUUGGGUCAUGACCACCAGAUUCCAAUGCACCAGGAUCCCUUUCUACGUAGUAUGGCAUAUUGGGUUCUAGAUGAUUACAGCCGAGCACUGGAUACUUUACUUGAGCAACCCAACCCAAAUGUUGAUGCUUUACACCAAGAAUCAUCUCCUUGCAAACCAGAGGUUUUCAACUUCUACACCUACCUCAGAACCCAUCCACUGCUCCUUCGGCGCCAUUUUGGAUCCUCAGAUAAAGCUAAAGUGGGUCUGACUGGACAAGGCAGCAUGGCUGACUCCAUUAGUCUCACAGAAAGGAGACUGUUCUUCACUACUGCUUAUGCUCACUUACAAGCUGGCUGCCCUAUGUUAGCUCUAGAUGUCCUCUCCAAAAUGCCCAGUGUCAUUAAGAAAUCUAAGAUGCUGCACAACCUAGAGCAGCCUUCACCAACAUGUAGUGGUCCUGACAAUCCAGACAGCGAAAGCGGGAAAGACCAGGCCUCUACACUUGACUGGUCCCAACCUAUGUUUAACGGCUUUGGGUCUGUCUCAGACAGCUUAUCUUCUCCACAAGACGACCACAGCCACUCGGACUCUGUUUUGAGCUUCGACUGGACUCAGCCUUCCAUAACUUUGCAAGACGAGCCUUUGGAGCUGAAGUGGGACAGUGACAAAGAAGAAUCUGAAGAUGAAGAAGCUGGCCUAGCGAUGAAGAAAAUCAAACCAGAGAGCUCUGCUGAUGCUCCUGACUCUACCUCCAUGUCUACAGAUGUCACUGUAGACAACUCCCUAGUCCUUUUCGAGGACAUCUUAGCUGCUCGGCUGAAAUUCAUUUCCUGCCUGAAGAUGCUAACUGCCGAGCUGCGGACUCUCUCCACCGGUUAUGAGCUGGAUGGUGGCAAGCUGCGCCACCAACUGUGCCACUGGCUGGAGCGUGAGGUGGUGGCCCUUCAGAAGUGUUGCGGGUACAACCCCUACCUUCAGCAGGUGGCCGGAAGCAUCUCGGUUGAGCAUCUCGGCCAAGUCAGUGGUGCCUCUGGAGAUGAGCAAGAGUACCAAGGGACCGCGGAGCAGGUCAGAGAGGUGCAACACAGGCGCAGACUGUGGCUCCAGAGAAACCAGCCUCUGCUACGCAUCUUCCUAAGCUACUGCAGCCUACAUGGUUCCCAUGGAGGAGGUUUGGCUUCGGUCAGGAUGGAGCUGAUUCUGCUUCUGCAGGAAUCCCAACAGGAUGACAGUUCUCAGGUUCCUGUUCAGCAGCAAGCAUCAGUCCCUCUCCUGCUGGCUUGCACUGCAAGCUCCAAAACUGUGGUGGCCAAUCCUAUAGUUCAUCUGACCAACCUGACACAUGACAUACUGCACACCAUUAAUGCUCUGGACUCUCCUCCUCACCCAGACGUCAUUAACAAUGAGAUCUAUGUGAUGCACACGCUGGCAGCUUCUCUGUCCGCCUGCAUCUACCAGUGCCUCUGUGACGGACACAGUUACAGUCAUAUCAACCAGUUCACAGGCACUGUCUACGAGAGCAUCCUGCUUUCCCAUCAGCACCCUGCGCGAACUCUCAGUAUGGAUGAAGCGGUCAUUCCUAACACCUCUCCAGCACAGUGGCCAGGUGUCAGUACUUUGGUUCGUCUCUUGGGUGCAGCAGCAGAGGAGAACCAGCCAAGUGUGGGUGUGCUUCUGUGUGAGAUCCUCACAGCCGUCUUCCUCAGCUUGUUUGUGCAUGGCCUGGCCACACACUCCAGCAACGAGCUCUUCCACAUCGUGGCUCAUCCGCUCAACAGCAAGCUGUGGGUGGCUGUGUUUGGCGGGGGGGCUCGCCUUCCUGUAGCAGGAAAAUCCAGCAAGGCAUCAGCCCCAGCUGUGAUGGAAGACCAGGAAUGGAAGCAGAAGCGUUUCAGGCUGCAUUCUUCCAGGAGCAGCUCCAGGGAGGUACCAGACAGCCCAGUCAGCCCCAGCCCUAUAAUAGAGCAGGAAGCAUCCAUUUUUAAAGAAUGCUUUGUGCCUCCUGAGCUCAGCGUCUGGGACUACUUUAUUGCAAAGCCUUUCCUGCCACAAUCUGUAAGCCAAGUUGAGUACGAUUCAGAGGAAAGCCAGGGGAGUGAUGAGGAAGAAGAAGAAGAUGGUUAUGGAGAGGCUUUUGACCCCAAUUCUCCUUUUCAUGAACAUUCCAACAACAAUUCUUAUAGCUGGUGUUUGAUGCGCUUGACCAUGGUGCAGCUAGUGCUGGUCAACUUGAAAUCAUUCUAUCCCAUGGCUGGCUAUGACCUCUUGGAUCUACCUGUAUGCUCCCCACUGUGCCACUCAGUGAUUAAAACACUACAGCGCUGGGAACAGGUGUUACUCAAGAGACUGGAGAUUUUCGGUGGGCCUCCUUCCAAAUACAUCUCCACACACCCGGUUGAUGGGACCAUGGCAUCUGGACCAGCUCUCCUCAGACACAAGGCCUUAUUCGAGCCCUCUAACACACCAUUCAGGUCCCGACAUCAUUCUGCACUUUCUGUUAAGAGACUCUGGCAGUACCUAGUAAAACAGGAGGAGGUGCAGGAGACUUUUAUCCGCAACAUCUUUACCAAAAAGCGGGAUCGGACAGAGUCGGUUGAGGACUACACUGACAGCAUGAGGUAUUCAGGGAUGGAGGAACCUGGUCUCAAUCAGAUUGAGGCAGAUCUGGGUUACGCUGGAGGCAAAGCACGCAUCAUCCACAAGGAAUCUGACAUCAUCACUGCCUUCGCUAUUAACAAGGCCAAUCGUAACUGCUUAGUAAUUGCGUCCACCCAUGACAUCCAGGAGCUGGACGUGUCCUCCAUCUUGGCCACUCAGAUACUGACAUGGAUUGAUGAAGAAGCAGAGACGGAAGUGAAAGGUGAUGAUUUCUUGGUGGUCCAGACCCGGGAUGACUUUACCACUUUACAUGGCACAACACCCUACACACGCAGCAGCCCUGGCACUCCCAUUAAUAUGCCCUGGUUGGGUGGCCACCAGACUGGCAGAGGAGCAGCCAUGCUAAUCAAACGAAACAUUAACAACGUCAGGAGGAUGACGUCCCACCCUACCCUUCCAUACUACUUAACAGGAGCUCAGGAUGGCAGUGUGAGGAUGUUUGAGUGGGGCCAUUCGCAGCAGAUUAUCUGCUUUAGGAGCCCUGGCAACUCCAGGGUUACGAGGAUCAGGUUUAACUACCAGGGGAAUAAGUUUGGUAUUGUUGAUGCAGAUGGAGCUCUUAGUCUCUGGCAGACAAAUACAUCAGGGAACACCCCUAAACCCUACCUGACACUGCAGUGCCACAACAAAACAGCUAAUGACUUUGUGUUUGUGGGCUCAUCAUCUCUCAUUGCCACUGCAGGCCUUUCCACUGACAACAGAAAUGUGUGUUUGUGGGAUACACUGGUCAUGCCAUCCAACAGCCUGGUUCAUGGCUUUAGCUGCCAUGAGUCUGGUGCCACUGUGCUGGCUCUUGCUCCCAAACAGCAGCUGCUGCUCAGUGGAGGGAGGAAAGGCUGGAUCAGCGUACUGGACCUCACGCUUAAGCUCCAGCGCCAGAGCUUCCAGGCCCAUGACUCGGCUGUCAAAGCGCUGGCUGUGGAUGCAACUGAAGGCUGUUUCAUCAGCGGCUCGGCUGAAGGCAACAUCAAGGUGUGGAACAUGUUAACGCAAUGCCUACUGCACACGUUCCCGAACGAACACGCCCGGCAGUCCAUCUUCCGCAACUUAGGUACAGGCGUCAUGCAGAUCGAGACGGCACCAGGCAACCACAUCUUUUCUUGUGGUGCUGACGGCACCAUGAAAAUGCGUGUCCUGCCUGACCGUGUCAGCACGUACACCAACAAUGUGAAGAAUGAUGUGAAGUUCAUCAUUUAGCACAACUGAAGAAUUCGGAACAAUGUUUGCACAGGGUAAGAUGAGCAAUACGAACCACUGGGUGAUGCGGAACAUGGACCUGAGCAAGUCAUUGUUUUGGACAUGCACAAGACACUGACUGAAUUCUAGAGGCUGGACGUCCUUUCAUAUCACUUAAAUCUGGAUCAAACAUAGAAACAUCAUAUUUAAGCACAUUAGAUGAUAUAUUUUACCCCUUUUUAAAUGCAUUACAUGGGUAGUCAAAUCCUAUUAUACCACAUAAGUAAGCCUUAAAUAAUCUGUUGCUAAGCAGUGUUGUGAUUGUGGUCUAGAUAAAAUAGUGAAAAGUGUCCUUAUAUUUAUACCUAAAGUACAACCAUGGACCUCUGUUACAUCAUCUAUUGGUUCAAGUGAGGGUUGUAAACUUCUUUGCAUACUGUAGCUUACACCAUUGUGACCAUUCUUACAUAUAACUGUGUACUAGUUUCUGCUUGUAUCCCAAAUGGUAUGAGCAAGGUAUUCUGUAAUAAUGAGAUAAACAGUAUUUAGGUAUUUGUAGCGCAGUCAUUGAUUUGGUACAUUCAAGACCUGUACAGUAAAUAUGUAUAUCAGCGCAGGCAAUCUAAGUUUUUAAGCUUCUUUUUUCCAAAAACAAACUUGAACUUGGUCAAGAAUGCUCUAGUGAAGAAGGAUAAGACUUUUCGUACAAAGCACUUUUCCGUAGAGGUAAUCCACAGGUAAUCAGCAUUUUUAUGCAUUUAUGUGUAUGUAACUGGACUAGCCUUGCCAUAGUCAGUUACAAAUACAUGCUAUUGCCCCCAACAAAGAUACAAUUUGGUUGAUCAGUGUCUGGCUGACAGCUGAUAAUUUCUAAUAUAUUCUUUACUUUUCUCUGAUUCAACACUUUAGCCAAUUAUCAAGCCCUUGAGAAGUUCAGUCUCAGUUGUGCUGUGCUGCAUCCCUAACAGCACUAGUGUUCAUUUUAAUAGAAAUGAGUGUGUCCUUCCCUCUCUCAUGCUGCCAAAGUUAAACUCUAGCACUUCUAUGCCUUCAGCUUAUCAUUUUAUGACUUGUUCUUUGAAUCAAAGGUAAAGGGUACAUAUUGAUAGCCUAUGAUGAAUAAGUAGUUAGACUGAUGUUUUUGUCAGCCUUGUGGUUUAUGAGGACUGAUUACAGUCAGCCAUUGCACAAGAAUAAAACUUAACAGUGUAAAAAUGUACAUUAGCUUUACUUCGGGGAGCAACUGAGACGAAUAAAAUUAUUUUGUUUAUGUAAAUAUAAAAUAAAGAAUAUCUUGAUUGAACCAUACUAACCGUAGGCCAUUUAAAACAAUUGUUUAACAAAAUAAAUAUUUAUGAUUAGUGUGUCAUUUAUAGUAGAUCUUGCAAAUUAUACUCUUAAUAUAUUCUUGUUUUUAGAAAUGCCUUCCGGCUAUUUUUUUUUUUUUCUUCCUUUGUUUUUAAGCUCUUGCUAUAAGAUCCCCAUGCACACUUCACACACUGGUGUCAUUCAUGUUGUACAGCUUAAGCUCUAAACGUAGUGAUAUCACCAAUCAUUCAUAGGAUUCCAUAUUAAAAUGAAAAAAAUGGCUAAAUGAGGAUCAAAUGUCACUUAACAAGGUGGAAAUAAGAAAUCAGCUGUAGUUGUAGUGUGUAGCAUGUCAGUCUUUCUCCCUUUAAUCUCUGAAAUGUGAAUAUACACAAAUCCAUCUAAUUUUAUUAUGAAUAUAAAGAUUAUUGUAAAUUGAAAUAUGUAAUAUACAUAAAAUGUAAUGGUAUAAUAAAUCACCUUGCUGAAACAUUUA